AUGUGCAAGAAGGCUUCCUGCGACUCCUGCAACAAGACCACAUGGUGGGGUUGCGGUAAACACGUUGCCGGCGUUAUGGAGAGCGUACCAAAGGAGCAAUGGUGCACAUGCGCACCUCAAGGAAACCAAUACCCACCGAUGGGCACACUAGCGUCCGCGUGA